AUGGCGACCGUUGAGCAGCUCCUUUUCCGUGCCGACAGUGAUGUCCUGCCCAAAGAGCCUACCAUGGACUCUGUUCCCGAUUCAAUUGUCACAGAUGAAAAAUCUGCUACCGUCACUGCACCCGAAGUGACCGAGUCACCAGAGCUCGAGAAAGCUCCUCUCGAGGAGCCUGUGACUUCUGAAGCUCAAGAGAAGAUUGCUGAUUCUACUGCGACAUUGGUUGAGCCCGAAACUGCUGAGAAGGAAGCACACAUCGAGCCCGAACCUUCGGCCGUAAAGGCUGAGAAGGUUGAGACCAACACCGAUGCCGAAGCUGAGGCUAAGGCCGAUGAAAAGGAGGAGAUCAAAGAGUCCACAGCACCCGUCACUGAAGAGGUAGCUCCUGCUGUGACAUCAGAGAAGGAGGCAGCUCCCGAGACUGAGACCGCCAACAUUCCUGCAAAGGAAGAGACUACCGAAACCACUGAGGCCCCUGCUGCCGCUGAGGAGAAGCCCGUUGAAGCUGUUGUCGAAGAAGCCAAGCCCGAGGAGGCUGCACCAGUCGCUGCCGAGCCCGAAAAGACCACAGAAGAGACCUCCGCCGACAAGGUCGAGGAGACUAUCUCCGAGACUCAAUCUGCAGAGGCUGCAGUCGAAGAGCUCGCACCCGUCGAAGCUUCUAAGGUGGCCGAGCCUCAGCCUGAGGCCCCCGCCGCAGGAGAGACCAAACCCGAAGAGGCCACCGAGUCAGCUGUCGAAGAAACCAAGCCUGUCGAGAAGGCCGUCGAAGCCACUGAGGCCCCAGUGACCGAGGAACCCGCCGCUGAAGCUCCUGUUGAGAAGGCCAAGGCCACCGAAGAGGUUGCCGCUCCCACUGCUGAGCGCGUCGCCGAGGAGAAGCCCGUUACCGAAUCGGCCCCCGAAGCAUCGAAGACUGUCGAGGCUGCCCCCGAGCCCCCCGUGGAGGAAUCGAAGGCUGUCGAAGAGACUCCUACCCCUGCCGAGCCUGUGACUGAAGAGGUUGCUGAGCCCAUUGCUGAUGCCACCGCAGAGGAGACUAAGGUUACGCAAGAGGUUCCCGAGCCUAUCGCCGAUGAGAAGGCUAUCCCCGAGGCACCCGUGGACGAGAGUAAGGCUACCGAAGAGGUUGCCGCCCCCGUUGCUGAGCCUGUUGCCGAAUCGACCGAGGAAUCCAAGGUCGAGGCCGUUCCCGAGCCCGUCAAGGAGCCCAUUGCUGAGGAGAAGCCUGCCGCCGAGGCCGUCGAGGAGACCAAGGCUACCGAGACCACCCCCGAAACCACCGAGGAGCCUAUCGCCGAGGAGAAGCCCGUCGAAGCCCCCGUCGAGGAGGCCAAGACUGUCGAUGUUGCUGAAGUCGCCGAGGAGAAGGCUAUUGCCGAACCUGCCGCUGAAUCCACUGAAGAGGCUAAGCCCGCCGAAGUUGCUCCUGAAGUAUCGGAGGAGACUGUUGUCGAGGAGCCCAAGCAGACUGAGGACGUCGCUGAGCCUGUCAAGGCGGCUGUGAUUGAAGAGUCUGUUCAAGAACCCGCUGUUGAGGCUGAGGCCGAGAAGACUGUCGAGCCUACUGAGGCUGUUUCUGAGGAGCCUGCUACUAAGGAGGUCAAGGCCGUUGCCGAGUCCACCGAGACUGUCGCUGAGCCAACCAAGGAGGAGCCCGAGGAGACUCCUGUUGAGCAGCCCGCCACCGAGGAAUUGGUUGCUGAGCCAGUCAAGGAGGUCGAGGCUGUUGAGCCAGUUGCUGAGAAGACUGAACAGGUUGUUGAAGAGCCUGCUGAGGUCAAGGCUGCUGUCGAGGAGCCUGCUGCUACUGCCGCUGAGGAAAACACCGAGACUCCUGCUGUCGAAACCGCUGCCGUUGAGGCCACUCCCGAAGUCGCCGCUGAGGCCACCGAGGAAACUGCUCCCGCAGCUGUCGUCGAGGAGAAGGUUGAGGAGUCUACCGAGGCUGGGCCUGUCCAGGAGACCGCGGAGAAGACCACCAAGGAGGUCCCUGCUGUCGAAGCGCCUGUCACUGAAGCUCGUAAGGAGGAAGCCCCCGAGGCCGCGCCUGUUGAGGCCACUGUCGUCGAGGCUGUGGCUCCUGUUCCCGAGGAGACUCCCGCUCCCGCUGCUGUGGUUGUCAAGGAGACCACUGAGGCCAUCCCCGCAGAGACCGCUGAGGAGGUCGCCGUUGAGGAGCCUAAGGAGGUUUCCAAGACCGAGGAAGUGACUGAGGCUGCUGUCGAAGAGCCAAUUGCUGAGGCUGCGGCUCCUGAGCCCGUUGCUGAGGUUCCCGCUGUCGAAGAAACUCCCGUCGAAGCUGCCGUUGAGACCUCUGCUCCCACCGACAUUGCUGAGGAGAAGACGAAGGAGAAGGAAGCCGAGGCUGUCCCUGCCCCUGUUGAGGAACUCGUUUCUAAGGAUAUUGAGCCUUCCACUGCCGAGGAAGAGGUGGCCAUUGGCGCUGCCGCUGUCGCUGCCGGCAUUGCUGCUGUCGGCGCGGCUGCUGCCACCGAGGAGACUUCUGAGCCCGUUGCCGAGAAGGAGAUUGCUGACGUUGCUGCUGUUCCUGAGCCUGUCGCUGAGGAAAUUGCUGAGACGGUCGCCGAGACUGUCGCUGAGGCCACUGAGCCCGUUGCCGAGCCAGUCGCUGAGACUGCUACUGAGCCAGUCGUUGAAGCCGUUGUCGAGGAGGACAUUCCCGAGACUGUUCCUGCUGUGCAGGAGCCUGCAACCGAAGCUCCCGCCGUCGAGAUGGUUGAAGAGGUGAAAGAGACCGCUGUUGAGGAACCCGCCCAAGAGCCCGAGGUUACCCAGGAGACUAAGCUCGAGGAAGCUGCUGCCCCUGGCCCAGUUGCCACUGAGACUGUUCCUGAGCCCGCCAAGGCUGAGGAGUCCACCCCCGAGGAGGCUGCUAAGACUGAGGAAGAGAUCCCGGCUGUGGCUGAGCCUGUCGUUGACGAGCCUACACAGGAGACCAAGCUCGAGGAAGCUGUCGCCCCCGGCCCAGUUACCACUGAGGCUGUCCCUGAGCCCACUGCGGUGAAGGAGGCCGAGCCUGUGGCUGAAGCUCUCGCUGAGACUCCCGCCGCCCAGAAUAAGCAGGAAGAUUCCAAGGAUGAUGCUCUUACUUCCGAGAUCCUUGGUGGUGCCGCCGCUGCCACUGCUGCAGUAGCCGUCACCGCCGCUGGCGCAGCCGCUCUCGCUCACGAGGAGUCCCCCAAGGACCAGAAGGAUACUCAGGCCGUUGAGGCAAGCAAGGAGCCAACCGUCGAGGCUGACAAUCAGCCCGAGGCUCCCGCCGCCAACACUCAGCCCCAAGACGGUAAGCCAACACCGUUCUAUCUCUCGCAGCAACCCUCUGCCAUGUCGUUCGAAGCUGAUCCCAGUCUUGCAGCCCUCGCUGGUGACCGCGAUGCUCUGCUCAACAAGCUCAACCAGCCCUCCACUGACCAGCUGACCGCUGCCUCCACUGACAAGACCGCCGAGCCCGCUCAGACAGAGAGUCAGCCCGCUGUCGAACCUUCCCAGGAGACCACCGAGUCUUCCAAGCCCUCCGACGCCCUUGCGCCCAAGAACAACGAUGAUGAUGCUCGCCCAGCGAGCCAGAACCGGUCAGUGACUGCUGUUUCUCUGAAUAACGCACCUGACAGCUGGCUCAAGGCCAUCCUGCGCACUGUCUUCUCGGGCUUCUUUGGAGCCAUUUUCUCUCCCUUCCGUCGUGGAAAGUCCUCCAACUAG